UCUUCUCUUCCUUCUCCCCUCUGACAACUGCAUCACCAUGUCCAGCGUCGGCCAGCAACUCCUGUCAAACUACAUCUCGGCGCUGUCGACGAACCCGCUGCGGACCAAGAUGCUGACCAGCGGCGUCCUCGCCGCCCUCGCCGAGGUCCUCGCGGGCAAGUUCGCAGGCGUUGCGCCCGCCAGCAAGAAGCUGACUCCCGAGGAAAAGAGGAGACAGCAGGGCGACCCUGUCCAGGCGUUCCUGUCGGCCUUUGAGGCCGUCGGCAUCAACGAGAGGGCUCUCAAGAUGUUCGUCUAUGGGUUCGCCAUCAGUGCUCCCUUGGGCCACGUCAUGACGGGCAUCCUCCAGAGGGCAUUUGCGGGCAAGACGACGCCCAAGGACCGGAUCCAGCAGAUUAUCACGUCGAACCUGACUGUGUCCGUCGUCGGCAACCUCGUCUACCUCAUCUCGAUGGCCUACAUCAACGGCGCCCGGUCCUACGAUCGCAUCGCAGCGGCCGUCAAGGCCAGCUUCUGGUUCCUGAUGCGUGUCACCUGGGUCACGUCGCCCAUCUCGAUCGGUGUCGCCCAGAAGUUCCUCCCUCCUCAGCUUUGGGAGCCCUACUUUGCAUUUGUCCGCUUCAUCCUCUCGACCAUCUUCAACACCAUCACGAAGAAGAAGCAGAUGGCGCUGCAGCGGAAGCAGCCUGGCAGCAUCGAAAAGGACGGGGAUCUCAAGAAGGGCGCCGCCCAGGGAAAGUAA